AUGCCUGGCUCCCUCGACAAGGAGAACGAUGGCCACGCCCACGUCGACAUCCAGAAUGACCUUCCGUCCCCACGAGCCGAAGGCGAUACCAGUCCCGUCCUGCGAAACAGCAAGGGCUGGGACGGCAAGUUGCGAGUCCCCAAGACGGCCCUCGUAGCGAACCCCGAGGCCCUGUCCGACCCGGAAUAUUCGGAUGACGAGAAUGUUUUGGAUGGAGGCGAGAUUGCCGCAGACGAAGACCUGCUUGAUGACGAGGAUCCUGAGACGGACGAAGUCAUGUGCUCCCACUCGCGAAUCGGCUCAAUAUCAUCACUCAAGCUCGAACGAUUCAAGAAUGCAGCCCGAGUCUGCCUGCGUCAGAACAGCAUCCAGGAAAUCGACGGCCUCUCGGCGCUCGCUACCACGUUGGAAGACCUCGACCUCUACGACAACCUUAUCGGCCACAUCCGCGGCCUUGACGAGCUGACAAAUCUAACGAGCCUCGAUCUCAGCUUCAACAAAAUCAAGCAUAUCAAACAUAUCAACCACCUAACGAAACUAAAGGAUCUCUUCCUCGUGGCAAACAAGAUUGGCAAGAUCGAAGGGCUAGAAGGGCUAGAUAAGUUAACGUCUCUUGAACUGGGAUCCAACCGCAUCCGGGAAAUCAAGAACCUCGAUACCCUCACCAGCCUUGAAGAGCUUUGGUUGGCGAAAAACAAAAUUACGGAAAUCGCCGGCCUCGGCGGACUGCCCAAUCUGCGCCUACUCAGUAUCCAGUCCAACCGCAUCACCGACCUAUCUCCCCUCAAAGACGUGCCAACGCUCGAAGAGCUGUACAUGUCCCAUAACGCUCUGGAGUCACUCCAAGGCAUUGAGAACAAUCUCAGACUCCGCGUGUUCGACAUCUCCCACAACAAGGUCUCCAGCCUCGAGGGCCUCGGCCCGCUGAAAGACCUGGAAGAGCUUUGGGCCAGCUACAACGUGAUUUCCGAUUUCGCCAACGUGGAGAAGGAGCUCAAGGAUAAGGAGCAGCUUACGACUGUCUACUUUGAGGGUAACCUGUUGCAACUCCGCGCGCCUGCACUCUACCGCAACAAGGUACGGCUGGCCCUGCCACAGGUGAAGCAAAUCGAUGCCACUUUCGUCAGAGUAUAG